GCAGUGCGGGGGCGGCUGAGGACAAAGGUGGUAGUGGCCCGCCAGUUGUGCUUCGGACUUCGAGUGACACAAGGCACGAACUUCUACUGACGCGACGCACUGCUAGACGACUAGACGUGAUGGCGCGAAUGUCAGGACUCCUCUUCGUGGCAAUCCUUAUGAUAGGCGCGGUGUUGGAGGCUGAGGCUAACAUUGACUUCAGCUACGUGGAGGAUUUUUUCAACACGCAGCAGGAGACUAUCGCGAAAAGACUGACUGAUUUGAAAGAGGCCAUGGGAGACAGGUUCGACGGCCUCAGUGAAAAGAUGAAGAGUUACUUCAAUAACCAGAACUUUUCCUCCGCCACGGCCCAAGAACUGCUGGCAGGAUUGGAGGCCAAAGACUGGGAGAAGUUGGAGCCCACGAUGCUUAGGGGAAUCUCAAGCAGCGCACUGCAGGACUUGGCGGAUAAAGGAGGCAUCGAGAUCCCCGAGAGGCUGGUAAAUGAGUUCAAGCGUUUAGUAAUCAUCAACAUGACUGACGCGGAGGUGAUCACGACCAUCAAGGAAAAGAUGCAAAAGUGCGCGAACUUCGGGACCGAAAGUCAAUCGAGGACGUGUCAGCUGAAAUCACCCGAGAUGAGCGCUCUGUUGAUGCGUCUUGGCCCCAUCAACUCCUGGACCACAGAGAACAUUGAGAACUUCGGGGAGACAGGCCUGAACCUCCCCGUGUGCUUCGACGACACCGGCAACAAGGAAGUGCUGCAGAAAGUGCUGGACAAGGUGAACAAGUGCGAGACGACCAGAACCACCGGGUGUCCUCAGUUUGAAAACCUCGAGGAGAUCCGCUGGCCGGUCACCUGGAGGAUAAUGGGAUCCCCUAAGAACUGGGAGGCCGAUGAGUUGGGAGACGUGAAGAUUUCUGAAAUACCGGAGUUCAUGGUUCACCAGGUCAACGGAGACUUCAUGAAAGGCAUCAAGGAAAAGCUGAUCGAGCAAGAGGACCUCCCCACUCUUGACUACCAGGAGAAGGCUGAGGCGUGGAUGACAGCGCUGUGUAAGACGGAAAACUGCAAGGAUAUGUCAGCGGCGAGAAUGAACACGUGGAUUAAGGAUCUAUCCAAACUGCGGAGCGCCCUCACUCCCUCGGACGUUUCCCCCGAGGCCAGGAAGGACGAGACUCUCAUGGAGGAGCUCCGGCAAAACGCACUCGCUAAAAAAAAAAUACGGGCAGAGGACGCUGCCAUCAUGCUGGAAACGAUGCUGGAUGAACAGACCUUGAAAAAGAUAGGAGGCAAGCUGGCGGCGUAUGCUCCUGCGGGCUACCUGGCGAGCAAGGCAGAGAACAAGGAACUGGCGACGGUGCGAAGCGAGCUGGCUUCUACCCUGGACAUGGUGCGGGGCCCGGAGUAUGAGGCAAAGGUGAGAGCUGCCCUGAAAACUGAAAUGGAAGCAGCAUACUCCAGCGCUAAUGACUUCUCGAUAACCAGCGUGAAUGACUACCUGGAGCCCUUCCUGAGGCCCAAUCUGCUCGUGGACCAGAGCACAGGGACGCUUCUCAACCUGGCUAAAAACGCUGACAACAAAUUUAUCAACCUCGACUCUUAUCAGAUGCACGUGAUCGCUAACAAGAUGUCCUCAUCAGACAUGAAGAACUGCCCGCCCAGCUUGUGCAUGAGUCUGCCCAGCUCCUCCAUGAAGGACUUGAGCACUUCCUUCCUGGCUGAAAUAACUCGGGAUUUGAGUGGAGUGAAUACGGCGUGCUUACUGGGCGCCAAGAAAAUGUUCUCCGAGAAGACAACUUUAACGAAGACAGACAUCGAGAGCGGCAAGGCGUUCCUGCAGUGCAUGUCAUACGAUGACGCAAGUAAGGUGGAGACCAGCGAGAUAUUCGACGUAAUGGAGGCGGUCACCAAGGAGGACUUGUCAUGGGCAACAUGCAGAGCGUGGAAGAUGAAGAUUAUGGAAUGGGCGGAGGAGGAGGGUGUUGAGGAGGAGUUUCUGAAGCAUCGGUACCUCGGGGAAAUAUCCAACAUUCCGGCUUGUGUCCUCGCCUUGUUUGAGCAAGAUUUGUACGACCUGAACCCGGAGAAGAAGAAGACAAUCCUAUCCAGUCUGUGCAACUCCAAGAAUUACUUCAUCAUCCCGAAGGAAGCGCGAGGCAAAAUUGUCAACCGCCUUUACGCUGACGUUAGACGAGGCUGGGGAAAGGCAACGGCCAAUGACGGACCCAUCACUCAAUGCAGCAUCAAUAAUCUAAACUCGUGCUUGUUCGACCUCAACCGUGACAUGCUACGGAAGAUGGACGACGCAGCUACGGAGGAGUACGUGCAAUUGCUUGAGACGUCACUGAGAGAAGGAAUACCUGACUGUGUGAGCCAGGACACCAUGGAUGAGGUGGCACAGAUGAUCAGGAGGGUUAAAGGGUCUCCGAAGAGCUGGAAAACGGCUGAGAACGUGAGUUGCAUUCUGGACACUUUCUCCUCCCAAGGCAUUACAAACAUCGCCUCUGAGCUCCCCGCGGACGUACUUAUCACCACGGGUUGUCCUCAGCGCUCCAGCCACUUCAUGUCCAUGCCGAAAGCCUGCAAGGAAGCGAGCAUGAGAGCGAUGAAGGCAAUGAAGACCAGGAAGAUUGAAAAGUGCAUCAAACGGAGGGAGACUCUGGGCACGGGGGACAACAUGCGUGACUCCAUGAUGUGUGGCAACGCGGCGCGCAUGACGCAGUCGCAGCUGGAGGGGAUGAAGAAGGAAGACGUCAUGGCAUACCUGGACAACCUGGUGAAUGAGGACCUGAACACUGGGAAGGCCAAGGUGAUUCUAGCGAAGGUGAAGGAGAACAAGGAACUGAAGGACAUGAGUAGCAAGGAGCUGGCCAGUCUGAAGAACGCGUGGGAGGGACUCAGCAAACAGGACGUGAAGAACCUGCCCACUCUUACCGCCACGGAGAACCUCGAGGUCUUGUACCAGCUGGGGAUGACCAAGAUGCUGCCUGACGAUGUGAUGGCAGCACUGAGGGACAAGAUCGUGGCGGAGAAGAGCCCAGGAGAGAUGAGUGUGACGGACGUGUUCCUGCUCGGGGAUAUUAUAUGUCACUUCAACCAGAGCCAGACUAGCAAAAUUCCCAAGGACGUGAUCAAGAAAUGCGUGAGUCAUCUGGGCAUGCGUGACUGCAAGACCGAAUACGGGACGCAAAACCUAGCGGAGGCGGUGAAGAAGGCGUAUGGCGACGUCGAGAACUUCGAUGCUCCUACGGUACACGAGAUGAACCGUCUGGUCAGUGGGCUUAAACCAGAGGACCUCACUGCCUUGCCUGGGGACGCCUACAUGGGCUUUACUCCGGAGGGCAUCAGUGAGAUUGAACCGGACACUCUAAAGGUGAUGACUGUAGCGCAAGCCAAUAAUCUGGAUGGCAAAACCGCCGCCGCUGUCACCUCCGCGCAGGCCAGAGUCCUUCCCAGCGAGGUGAGAAGCGCCCUCAGCAACGCAAAGUCGGAGCAGCUGCGUCGUUCCAGUGCCUCAGGAUUGUCAGUGCCGCAGGUUAUGGGUGCUGUGGUCGCCGCCUUGCUGUUCCUGCUGUAGGCACCGUCAUGAGGGCGGGUGUCGGGUGUGUCCACGUGGCCACGGGGCGCCUAAUGGGUGGAGCAGCGUCCCAUCCAGCGUCAUGUGAACACUCAGCCCAGUUAGGAGGUUGGAGAGCCACGGUAGAGGGAAGCUUCAAUCUCACGUAUUCUAGUAUCCGUUUUCUUUAAGCAUAUGUAGUUAAGGACGCAACGCCAACGGUCCUUGAAAAACGGUCCUGAACAACGAUUAACACUACUACUACUAUUACUACUACUACUACUACUACUACCGGUAAUGCUGAUGCUUCUAGGGAAGAUAACGAAGUGGACAUCCUGAUAGCUGAGUAUUAACUCCUCCAUCCUACGGUCCCACACCCAAAUUCGUGUAGCUUCUUCGUAUGUUUGUACUUCAAAGUGCCUUAGUAACUUCUGACGCAGCCGCUUGAUUUAGGUGUGCACGGCUGCGUCAGGAGUACUCAUUUCCUAUCUUCUUUCUCGUCUCUAAAUAUCGUCUGCGGUAGGAGAGUCAUCCUUCUGUCACUGGGAUCUUAGCUUAGAUUACAGAGAUAUACGCUAGUCAUUUAGUAGACAUACUAAUUCCUGAUAAUAAAUAAACUCUCCUUAAAGAAACAUUACACAACUGAUAUGCUAAGGUAGACACUCAAUGAUCCUCAACUGACUACAAAAACCUUGGUCUCCUGUCAGUACAAAUAUACUUUCUUUACCUGCUUUCCAUCUUGUCAUUCCGUCGGCUCUAAAAUAUGACUUUCCUUUGCUUCCACUCCGUUAAAAAUUUGCAGCACUAAAAGUUCUACAUUACAUGUCGAAUCUUUUCUAAAAACAACAAAGCUUUCCCUCUUUUCAUUCUGUUCAUUCAUUUCCUUUCCAUUUUGCCUUUCAUCACCUUCCAAUCCUGUUGACAUAAGAUGCAUGAUUUCAUUAACUUUCCCUUAAUUCCAAACUUGACACUAAGAAUCCUACAUCAUCUACUGAAUUUCCCGUCUUUUCAUAAUUUCUUUGUAACUUCAUCUGUCAUUCUUUCGAUCUUAUCUUUAUAGCAGGAAUCACGCUGGAAACUCACAUUUUUCCCUUUGUUAGUGGCUUGCAUUUCCACCUCAACAGGCAGGACGAAAAGAGUGUUCUGUUGUGUCUUUGAUUUUGCCGAACAUUGUCUCACCAUUAAAUCAAAAAGCUAAUGAGGGAUGGAGAGAAGAGACAGCGAGCAGGAGGAAUACAAAGAAAUAACAAACAGCAAAAGAUGAGGGAGGAUAUUCAUGAAAAAAACUACACUAUCUGAUGAAAAGGGAGAAAGACGCAGGAUGAUAAAAAGGGACAUAAGAAAAGAAGGGAGAGGAGGAGGAUGAGGAUGAAGAUGAGGAGGAGAAAAGGGAGAAUCAAUGCUGGUUUGUAUAAAAGGCACGAAAAAGAACAGAAGAACAGCGUCCGUCUGACCUUACGUGAUCUCGUCCUCCUGUUCUCGUGAGUGAUGCUUGUACAGGUCACGAGUUGAAAGCCAAUACACAUUUUUAAACUA